CGUUGGUACACAGCGCGGCGCGAGGGAGACAGGGAUGCUGCAAGGGCGGACAGCAUCAGGUCCCCCAUCUGGAGCAAAGAUGACCACAAAGGGCGCAGAUGCUCACAAAAAGAAAAUUCCCCCUGCCCCCAGGAAGAAUUUGCUCCCAUUUGAUGCAGCUGGCAUGUCCCCGCAGCAGCGCUCGCGGUACCUGGCGUUCGUGGAGCCCACCGAGGAAAUAGUGAAAUCCAUACUGGCCUCUCCUGCCGUUGCAAUGGAGAAAAUGGCCCCGGAGUACAUCAAGCGUAGCGGCGACACAGAGCAAAAAAAGCAGGCCAGGGUCAUCGGACUGCUCAAGGCCGCAGAGGCCAGGAACCGCCUCCGAAACUUGAGGCUCCGGUUUCAGGACCUGAGAGCGCAGGAGAUCAAUCACCUGAUAUCCUGCCAGAAAACUGCCCGCGGGGCGCUGAGGCUGGAGGCGUUUCUCCCGCCCCGCAAGAACAUGCAGAAACUCGCCGAUUGCUUGGACACGGUUCAGAGAAGCAGGGUGGAGGAAAUACUAGAAGAUAAAACUGGGGAAAUAUUCAUUCGCAGACCUUGAAACUUGGAAGGACCACGUGAGGAGGUGGCUGAGCAGGGAACGGGCCCUGAAGGGGGGAGGCAGUCAUCUGAGCUGCUGGUAAUUGCUAUCUAAUAAACUAUUUUGGUUUCUUCUCA